UGGCAAAAGUUCAGUUGACGUCACCGGGCCACUGAGGCCCUGCUGCCGACGUGGCGCGAGCGCGGCUGUCAGCAGAACUGAGCACCAUGUCUCAAGAUGAGACAGUAGACCGCUAUACACAACCUCCCCCUUCAAUCCCCCAGACUUCCCCUUAUGAAUCUGCCCCGAUAGUUGCAGUCAAUACAGACGAGGUUCAAUCGUUAUCACAACUCUCACUGGGCAAGUCGGCCCCUGACUCAACCAGUGAGGCUAUAGAAAAGCAUAGUACAGCCAGAGACGUUGAAGAGCAGCAGUUACACCAAUCAGAAGAAAAAACUGAGGGUCAAGUGACUGAAUGUGUGGAAUCAGUUUGCUUGGAAGCAGAUGUUUCGCAGGGAGAGGCAGAGGGAAUAGAGCCCCUGGAUGAGUCUAAAUCUCAAGGAUGGAGUAGUUGGGGCUCUUGGGGAAAGUCACUUUUGACCACUGCUACAUUCACCGUGGGUCAUGGGUUGAGUUCAGUAAGAGAGAAAGCAGGUGUGACGUUACAGAUGCGUCAGACCUCAUGUGAGGAAGCAGAAGAGGUCCAUGAACAUUCUGGGACAGUGAUAAUAGAAGACAAUCACACAGAAGAGGUUCAUAAAGGAGUACUGUCAACCAUCACCAGUGCUGUUCAAAACACUGGUAAGUCAGUAAUAACAGGAGGUCUUGAUGCUUUGGAGUUCAUUGGAAAGAAGACCAUGAAUGUCUUGGCAGAGAGUGACCCAGGCUUUAAAAAGACCAAAAUACUGAUGCAGAGAACUGCCUCUUUGUCUCAGAUGUUAAAAGAAGCAAAGGAAAAGGAGAGAGAGAGACUGAGCAGUCAGAUGGUCACAGAGCCCACUGCUCACUAUGGGAUCUUGUUUGAUGACUACCAAGGCUUGUCUCAUCUGGAGGCGCUGGAGAUACUUUCCAAUGAGAGUGAGGGGAGGGUUCAGUCCUUCUUGUCUUUUUUGGAAGGGGAAGAGUUAGAGGUUCUUAAGAAGGAGUUAAUUGAGAUUAAGGAGAUCUUCAUCACUCGUGAGAAGGAGGAAAUUGAUGCCAGCUCAGGGGAAAACGGUGAUCUUUAUUCACAAAUUCAGUGUUCCACUCCUCUCUCUGCUGAUGGAGAGGAGUUUGUCAGUGUUCUUACUGAGCUUCUCUUUGAACUCCAUGUUGCUGCAACUCCAGACAAACUGAACAAAGCUCGUUUUAAAGCUCAUGAUUGGGUGAAGCAGUCCAGGGACGCUGCCAAGAGCAUAAUGGAGGAGUUAAAAGAAGAGAACUCCACCACUUGCCCUGCUCUAGAAAAGGACAAAAGAGAGGAUGAGGAAAAGAAAGAGAAGGGAGAAGAUGGAAAAAAAGAGGAGGGGAAUAAAAAGGAUGGAAACUCUGAGAUUGUUGAGAAGGUGUAUCUGUCAUCGGUGGGCAGUCUUGCUGAGGUGACUGCUCGUAGUAUAGAGCAGCUACACAAAGUGGCAGAGUUGAUCUUACAUGGACAAGAUCUAGAGAAACCAGCCUGCAAACAGGCCGGAAUACUGGUCAGGUUAACCUGUGCCAUGUGUAAGGAGGUCGGCUGCUUGGCCCGAAAGUUCUCAGACACACUUCUGGCUGUGGGGAGUCACAGAAAAGCAGAACAAGUCAAUCCGCUAGUGGACAAUGUAAUGCUUGAGGGUUCUAAUAGCACUACCUAUAUCCACAAUGCAUUCCAGCUGCUGUUGCCUGUUCUACAGGUCUCACACAUCCAGACCAGCAGAACCGCAGUCAAGCCAACCCCAGAACCAACAACCACAGAAUAGUGUCCUCAUCCUGUUUAUGUGUUUUUGUAUGCUUCUGUCACAUCUGUCUGUUUGUGUACUGUGUUUGCUUCAGUAUGAGAGCUAGCACCAAAAAAGUGCAAUUCUGGUCUACAGUAUGUAUAUACUCUUAAAAUGGGAUAAUUCAGAAUUUAAAUGAGACUGAAACUCCUAACUUAUUUAGGUUGCGUCUUAUGUGUCAGUCCUCUUGAUACUUUGUUUGUUCUUUUUUUAAGUUACUUUACAAAAAUGGAAGAUUAUUAAUCAUGUGUUGCAUUGUCUGUGCAGGUUUGGAGGAACUAAAUUACAUAUAAAUUAAAUCAAUCACUCUUAAACCAUUAUCUGUUUUGUAUUUUGAAUAAAAUGAACAAAGACAUUAAUAUGUAAUAUGAAUAAAAUGAAAUAUAAAGCUU